AUGGCGAGCGCCUUAGGAACCAUACCCUCGCCUUGGAGGUUCAUGGCAAUAGACCCCUCGCCUGACCUCGCCUUUUGCGCCAUGGCGCAAAAGGCGAGCGCCAUUUUAAACAUAGCCUUCUUAGAACCUCCCUCGUCUAACUGGGCUUCCCUGAUGUUCCCGUCGCAGAACAAAGUUCAGAACCUUGAAAAGAGGUAUAUCAAAGGUUGA